GCGAGAGAGGUAAAGCACACGGGUCACGUCGCAGAGCUUCACAGAGAAGCACCGCUCGCAGCGCUCCUCUCUCUUUCUCUCUCUCUCUCUCUCUCGUCAUAUAGGAAGAAGAAGCAGCAGCAGCAGCUGCCACUGGACUCUUCGGCGGAGAUCCGAUACGCCUUUCGGCUUCGAUCGGAUUCCCCGCUUUGUGCUUGCUCCGAUGGAGUCGCUUGUCGGUGGCUAUCACGACGGGAACGUUUUCAAUCUGGUCGACAGCCGGACCAUCGACUCUCGCCAUGAUGUCAAUCGGGAUCUGCAAAUGCACUCAUCGCUGGUCCGGAGGUUGUCUCUUGAGAAGGAACUGGAGGGGCACCAUGGUUGUGUAAAUACGAUUGCGUGGAAUUCCAGGGGCUCACUUCUGAUAUCUGGAUCAGAUGACACACAGAUCAAUAUUUGGAGCUAUUCUGGCCGGAAGCUUUUGCAUUCUAUAGACUCUGGGCAUUCGGCUAAUAUUUUCUGUACCAAAUUUGUACCAGAAACUUCCGAUGAACAAGUAGUCUCAGGAGCUGGAGAUGCAGAAGUGCGGUCAUUUAAAUUGUCUCGCUUAAAUCGGAGAAGAGCUGAUGAAAACGCAAUUAGUCCAUCGGCACAUUUUCAGUGUCACACUAGAAGAGUAAAGAAGUUAGCUGUUGAAGUAGGCAACCCAAAUGUUGUGUGGAGUGCUAGUGAAGAUGGGACCUUGAGGCAGCAUGACUUUCGGGAAGUUUCUUCUUGUCCUCCUGCCGGAGCUGCUCACCAGGAAUGUCGCAGUGUUCUACUUGAUUUGCGUUCUGGGGCCAAGAGGUCACUUGCUGAUCCUCCUAAAGGCAUUCUUGCGCUAAAAUCUUGUGACAUCAGUUCCACUAGGCCCCACUUGCUCCUGGUUGGUGGAAAUGAUGCUUUUGCUCGACUAUAUGAUCGAAGGAUGCUUCCACCAUCAAGCUCGUCUCAACAAAGAAUGAAGCCUCCUCCAUGUGUCAACUACUUCUGUCCCAUGCAUCUCUCUGAUCUGGGACGAUCAAGUUUGCAUCUCACUCAUGUUACAUUUAGUCCAGAUGGGGAGGAGGUUCUUCUCAGCUAUAGUGGAGAGCAUGUUUACCUAAUGAAUUUGGAUGCCAGUGCAUUAUUCACCUCUACAAAGUCGAAUGUCAGCAGGACUGCUAUGCAAUACACUGCAGGGGACGUAGCCAAAUUAAUGAGUUUCACUCCACUGCUAAAUGGGUUGGAACUCCAACCACCAGUUUUGAGCACUGUAAAUAGAAACUCUUGUGGAAAGGGCAGCAUCUCUUUAAUACAGCUUGACAAGUGCAGGAAACUGAUUGAAGUUGCAGAAGCGUCACUGAGAGAAGCAUCACUGAGAGAGGGGGCUGAUUAUUACUAUGCGAUAGAAGCAUGCAAUGAAGUUCUCGAUGGACAUGACCGGGAGAUUGGGCCAGCUUUGAGGCAUAGAUGUCUUUGUAUACGUGCUGCUUUGUUGCUUAAGCGUAAAUGGAAAAAUGAUGCACACAUGGCUAUAAGGGAUUGCUACAACGCUCGGCGAAUUGAUAACUCUUCAUUUAGACCGCUUUACUACAUGUCUGAAGCUUUAUCUCAGUUGGGAAAACAGAAGGAAGCUCUAGACUUUGCCCUAGCAGCACAGUGCUUGUCCCCUUCAAAUUCUGAGCUAGAAAAAAAGGUUGAGGAUUUGAAAAGGCAAAUUGAUGCAGCUGAAGCUGAGAAACGUAACAAAGCAGAUAACACAGCAGCGAGAUCUGAUCAUCGAAGACCAAGAGUGUUAUCACUAAAUGACAUUUUACAUCGGUCAGAUGCUAAUAGUGAUGCUUCUCAAGAUGGUCCAAGAUCUGAGAGAGAGGAUUCUGAUUUUGAAGAGGAACUGGAAGUCGACUUUGAUUCGCCUUUUCCUGGUGACGAAGGCCAUGAUGCUGAUGCUAGUGUUCUGCAUGGAAGUUUGAAUCUGAAAAUUCAUCGAAGAGGCGACUUAUCCAGAGAAACUGGUAGCACAAAUGGCACUUGUGGAUCACCUUCAUCAUCAUCGUCAUCUCAAAAUGAUAGAAUGCCUUAUCAGCCUGAGGCAGUUGUUGAUAUGAAGCACAGAUAUGUUGGGCACUGUAAUGUUGGCACUGACAUUAAGCAGGCUAGUUUUCUUGGGCAGAAAGGUGAAUAUAUCGCUAGUGGAAGUGAUGAUGGAAGAUGGUUUAUUUGGGAAAAAAGAACAGGAAGACUUGUAAAAAUGCUUCCAGGAGAUGAAGCAGUUGUGAAUUGUGUGCAAUGCCACCCGUACGACGGUGUUGUGGCAACAAGUGGAAUUGAUAGCACAAUAAAGAUUUGGACUCCAAGUGCUUCUGCCUCUACGAUUGUAGCUGGUGGACCAGUUGGACCGGAACCUGAUGACGUGUUAAAGACCAUGGAAAGCAAUGCGAAAAGAUUAAUCCGUAACCGUGAUACUAUCCUGCCAUUUGAACUUCUGGAGCGGGUUGGGAUGCAAGAGCUUACAGAAGGAAGCUUGCAUCCAUUUGAAUGUGCUCAAAGCUGAAGUAUAACUUCUACCAAGUAGAUCGAGGGUGGAUUAGGCGCUACAGUGCUCGAGUCAGUUGGUCGUCUUGUCUUCAUUGAAAAAAUUUCAGGAGGUCAAUAUACUACGUCUAAGGAAAUAAGUUGAGCUUGCAAGGAGGAGUAUCCUAGCCUUUAAAAAAAUAACUGGAUGUAUUGUUCCAUGCAUGUCGUGUCCAUAGCGUUUAGAUGGUGAUGUGCCAUGCUCCACUUACUUCCCCUGUCGAGUUGCUUCUUGGGCUUCCUGUGAUCAUUUUUCCAUAUCUCGAGUUUGCGUACAGUUACAUAUCACAUUACUUUUCGGUUUACAUUUAAGAUACUGCUUCGGCUUCUCUUUUGUCCC